UGACCAGUUCCCGUGUUGGCAGUAAUCAGAGAGAGAGAGAGAGUAGCGUUUGCUUCCUGCUCACUGCUUAACCUACCAGACGCGCCGCCUCAUGUCUCUUCCAUUGUCAUAAUAAACAUAACAACAUUAUUAUCAUAAUCCCAUUUCUUUUUCUAUUCUCAUAAAAACUAUGAUUUUCCUCUGUUCCAUUCCACCCCAUCAUUAUUCUUAUUCUUAUUAUAUAUAUAUUCUUGCCAACCAAUCGGGAUUUGAGUUUGGACUUUUUCUUUCCAAAUUUUCAAUCUUUGUCUCAAUCCCACAACACCCUUCCUCCCUCCCUCUUCCCUUCCGUUCUUCCCUGUCUCAAAGUUCCACCUAUUCUUUCCCCUUCAGUUACCACCUCACUGUUAUUACUUUAUUCAGCACAACAAAACAAAAAGGGUGUUCUAUGUUAGUUCUUGAUUUGGAUGAACUGAGCUGCCACUAGAUAAUUUUUCUUUUCUUUUUUCUCUUUAAGAUUGAAAAUAUUUUGAUAUGGGGGGUCUUUGUUCGAAGUCUGUGAAAGGUGACAAGGUGUUUGCCAAGACUGAUGGACAUUCUGAUAUUCAUAAAUCUGAUGGUAAGAACUAUGAGGCCACCGUGCCUAGUGAGUUGACAAGUGCAGGGGAGAGAAUGGACAAGAAAAAGCAUGAGCCAGAUGAAGGGACUAGUCCUGAUGAUUUCUAUGAUGGCAUCCCACGCUUUAACGAUUCUUUUCACAACAAGUCUAGGUCAGUAAGAUCAAGGCAAACUGCUGUGGCAAAGGUGUCAGAGGUGAGUUUACGCCUGGGCAGAGCUGGUACUGUCGGAUUUGAUAAGGCAGUAUCUGUUUUGGACACUCUUGGGAGCAGCAUGACAAAUUUAAAUGCUAGCAGUGGGUUUGUGUAUGGAGUUGCAACGAAGGGGAAUGAAAUUGGUAUCUUAGCAUUUGAGGUUGCAAACACUAUUGUCAAGGGUUUUAGUCUUAUGGAAUCUCUUUCAACAAAAAGUAUUAAACACCUAAAAGAAGAGGUGCUUCCGUUAGAGGCUGUGCAAGAUUUAGUAUCAAAAGAUAUGGAUGAACUUCUAAGGAUUGUUGCUGCAGACAAGAGAGAGGAGUUGAAAGUCUUUUCUGAUGAGGUGAUUCGUUUUGGAAAUCGUUCAAAGGAUCCUCAGUGGCACAACUUGGACCGUUACUUUGAGAAAAUUAGCAGAGAACACAGUUCUCAAAGACAAUCAAAGGAUGAGGCAGAAUUAAUGAUGCAGCAAUUGAUGACUUUGGUUCAGUUUACCGCUGAAUUAUAUCAUGAGUUACAUGCUUUGGAUAGAUUUGAACAAGAUUAUCAGCAUAAGCGUGAGGAGGAGGAUAAUUCAGGCGCAGCUCAAAGCGGUGAUAGUCUUUCAAUCUUGAGGGCAGAACUUAAAAGUCAAAAGAAGCAAGUUAAACAUUUGAAGAAAAAGUCACUCUGGUCCAGAAGUUUGGAAGAGGUUAUGGAGAAGCUUGUUGACAUAGUCCAUUUUUUACAUUUGGAGAUAAAUAAAGCCUUUGGCAGUGCAGAUGGCCGUAAACCUUUGAUUCAAACCAACAGUAAUCGCCAAAGAUUGGGUCCUGCAGGCCUUGCUUUGCAUUAUGCAAAUAUAGUGCUCCAAAUUGAUACUCUAGUUGCCAGAUCCAGUUCUAUGCCUGCAAAUACUAGGGAUUCAUUAUAUCAGAGCUUGCCUCCUAAUGUAAAAUCAACUUUGCGUUCCAAAUUACCAAACUUUCAUGUUGUAAAAGAGCUCAAUGUAGCAGAAAUUAAACAAGAGAUGGAGAAAACAUUACAUUGGCUAGUUCCAAUUGCCACAAACACAGCCAAAGCGCAUCAUGGUUUUGGUUGGGUAGGGGAGUGGGCAAACACUGGCUCCGAGCUAAAUAAGAAGACCGUGAAGACUGAUGUAAUGCGGAUUGAAACAUUUCACCAUGCAGAUAAGGACAAAGUUGAAAAUUAUAUACUAGAACUUCUCUUAUGGCUUCAUCGCUUAGCCAUCAAAAGUCAAGCUGGCAGCAAUGGUGGCGAAAUGAGGUCUACCAUCAAGCCACCUGUUGGCAUUUCCCUGCAAAAGACAGUUCAACAAUCUACAAAUUCCCUACUUCCAUUGCUAACAACUGAUGAGCAGAACAUGUUGCAGGAUGUAAGUAAUAAAAUUCGCGUCAGAAGGAUAAGUAAAAGCUUGGACUUUGACAGUGUGAAGACUGGCUUGACAGAUAACAGCAGAUUGACCAAGAGUAGCAGUUAUUCAUCAACAAGUAGAAGCAAGGAAUUAUCUUUUAAUAGAAUUUUGUCUAAGCUUCCUGUGAUUGAUUUUGGUAUUGACAAAAAGAGAGCAUUGGAUGUUAUUGACAGACUAGAUGUGGCCAGAUAAUUUGCUUCUAUUCUCGAGUACCUUUGAAGAAAUGAAAGGAUAGUAGCAAGAUGUGGACGGAAAGAAGAAUGGGACUGACUCUUUUUGUGUAAAUAUACCACAAUAUUCAUGCUGCAAGUGUUGAAUGCCAAAUUUUGGCACCUUGGAUUCACUUAGCUUCAUUAGGGUGCAUUGUUUUGGUGAAGUGCUAUUCUGCACCAUUAUGUAGAUAUUGUCUUUAUUAUGGUACCAAGGGUAUUGAAACGGGGUGGAUUCUGUUUUUUGUUCUUGAGAGUGUAUAGACAAUGAGGAUAUGGUACCUAUGAUAGUUUUGCGUUGCAUGUAUAAUUGUUGGUUUGGUUACCUUGCCUAUGGCCAUUGGCAAUGCUGAAUCUAGUAAUUGUUUUUCUCAA